AUAAAUGGGCAGUGAGAAGAGCGCAACUGAUCACAGAGCACAGGAUGGGUAUCUAUUUUCUUCUGUUAAUUGUAGGGUUUUGCUGGGGGCAGUACAACCCCAAUACUGAGCCUGGGAGGACGUCUAUUGUGCAUCUCUUCGAAUGGCGCUGGGCAGAUAUUGCUCUUGAGUGUGAACGCUACUUAUCUCCUUAUGGAUUUGGAGGAGUUCAGAUUUCACCUCCAAAUGAAAAUGUUAUCGUUACUGACCCCUGGCAGCCAUGGUGGGAAAGAUACCAGCCAGUCAGCUACAAGCUCUGCACGCGAUCUGGAAACGAAACUGAAUUCAGAGACAUGGUGACCAGGUGCAACAAUGUUGGAGUACGUAUUUAUGUGGACGCAGUAAUCAACCAUAUGUGCGGAGCUAGUGCUGGUGCUGGCAACCAUGCUACUUGUGGAAACUAUUUCAAUGCAAAGACUAAAGAUUUUCCAGCUGUGCCAUAUUCUGGCUGGGACUUUAAUGAUGGUAAAUGUAAAUCUAGAAGUGGAGACAUUGAGAAUUAUCAAGAUAUAUUUCAGGUUCGAGACUGCCGCUUGGUUAGCCUUCUUGAUCUGGCCCUGGAGAAGGACUAUGUACGCUCAAAAGUUGCUGAGUACAUGAACCAUCUCAUUGAUAUUGGCGUAGCAGGCUUCCGAAUUGAUGCUGCCAAGCAUAUGUGGCCUGGGGAUGUGAAGGCGAUUUUAGACAAGCUGAAAGAUCUAAAUACCAAAUGGUUUUCUGCAGAAACAAAACCUUUCAUUUACCAGGAGGUAAUUGACUUGGGCGGAGAGCCGAUCAAAGGCAGCGAGUACUUUGGAAAUGGCCGAGUGACGGAAUUCAAAUAU